AUGACAACAGACCCAUUUAUGGUGAUUCUUCACGCCAUUGAUUUUAUUGUCUGUGCCAUAAAUACAUAUUGUCUGUUAUGUGUAACGUCUCAGUACCAGAUACUGUCCACACAAACGCAUAGACAUCAGGAAUUCCAGUCCCAUAUGAACAGCGAUGACGUGAAGAUCCAGUGCAUAACCAACGACACGUCCACCUGUCAGUUCUCGAACUCAGCCAAUAAAGAUGCCGCCAACUCUACCUAUGGU